GAGAUUCUGUCAAAAAGGAAACAGUGAUGACCUUCAACCCACUGCGCUUCUCUCCAUUACAUUCUGGCGACCUCUCCCAGGCAAAAUCCAUUCUCCGGCCAAAAAGGGAAUAUUGGAAAUGAAAGCUCUGUUCAAAUCAGAUACAAUUCUAUCUCCAAUCCCACCCCUGAAUAUCAAUCCCGGAAUUCCCCAUCGGAAAACCUCCCUCCAAUUCCCCCUUGCACUGACAAAACGUAUUCGUUUGACAAAAGCUGUUCUAGAUUCAGCUGCCAUUGACGAAGUGUCCGACAUCAGAAACCCGGCCGUUUCGACGUCUUAUCGGAACCCGAAGUUGCCGAGGCCCAAUCAAACUGUUCUGGAGGCCCAAACCAAGGUCUGCACCGGGCCAACUCAAACCAAGCCUCUUAAUGCAGAACAAGCUUUCAAGGUUCUUGACACCAUUUUAAAAUCAGUUAAGGGAGAGCUCAAAGAUGAAGAUAAAGUAUCCAAUGCACAACUCGGGGCAUUUUUCGCUGCAAUGACAAUUCGAGCCAAUGCCUUUCCGGAGCCAACUCAAUGGAGUGAGGGUGAAAAGAAAGCAAUGGCUUAUUAUUGGCCACACCUAGUACGACUACUACCUCCAGAUAUAAUCUUCUUAGCUGAUCCUGAAGGGUCCGUUAUGGGAGUCAGCAGUUCAAUAGGUCCUCGGUUUGUUGGUAAUGGGACUUCCGAGAUGAGACUGGUGGGUGCCCUCAGAGAAGUUUUGGCUGGGGGACACCUAGGAUACGAGGAGGUGCAGGGUGUUUUAAGAGACGUUCUUCCAUUAAGUUUAGAAGACAAGAAAUCAGCAGCUGCGAGCGAGUCACUGCUUUCAGCAUUUUUGAUAGGCCAGCGCAUGAACAGGGAAACAGACCGUGAACUGAAAGCUUACUGCCUUGUGUUUGAUGAUGAACAUGGUCCAGCACCUGUUGCUGAUGUUAGAUCUUUGACCCAUUAUGGCGAACCUUAUGAUGGUAACACACGCUACUUCAGGAGCACCCUUUUUGUUGCUGCAGUUAGAUCGUGUUAUGAUGAAUCUUGCUUGCUUCAUGGUGUGGAUUGGAUGCCACCCAAGGGAGGCAUUACAGAAGAACAAAUGCUGAAGUUCAUGGGUGCAAACACGUACUUAACCCCAGUGCAGGCAAAACUGCUGCUUGAGGAUGAGGAGGUUGGUUUUGCUUACAUAAGUCAACGAGAAGCCCAGCCAUCUCUAUACUCAUUGAUCGGGGUGAGGGAACAUAUAAAGAAACGUCCCCCACUUGCAACGACAGAGAAAGUCCAGCAAUUUGUAAGGGCUAAGGGUAAGGAAGCUAUUGUUGCUGGAUUUUAUCAUGAAGGUUAUGAGGAGUCACUUCUGAUGCUAAUGAGAAGAAGAGGUGUUCAAUCAGGCUUGGUGGUGAAGGGUGAGGAAGGCGCUCUAUCGAUGACUACAAGAUUGAGAUCGCCAAAUGCAUCCAAAGGACUGCCUGUUAAUUACUGUUCAGGUUUCCGCUCGCUGGAUGUUAUACCUACUCAAGCAGUGGAUGGAGUAUCACGUGAGAGUUACAAUAUUGUUGUGAAUGCGAUGGACUAUGGUUUUGAACCAUCUGAUACUCCAAGAACUGAUAGAUCUGUUACAAGGAAUAUAGAGUUAGGUUUAGCAGCCCUUCGUGGUGAGAAGGGUCCAGCAUAUGAUCGAAUCGUCUUAAAUGCUGGAAUGGUUGAUCACUUGCUAGGAUGUGAUGGUGCUGAAGAUAUAUCUGCAGCCAUGGAUAGAGCCAGAGAGGCUAUUGACAGUGGCAAGGCCCUUAAUAGGCUCUUAAGCUACAUAAAGAAGUCUAACAGAGUGAUAUGAAAGUGUUAUAGUGUAGUUUAUACUUGUUUGGGUAAGCUAUAAACCAUCUUCAGGUUUUUCUGGGUUUAAGAAUUCUUUAUUCUUUUAAUUUUAUUUCACAAGUGGGAAAAAAGAAGAGAAAGCUUUAGCAGCUCCUGUGAUUUGGAUGGGUCUGCUCAAAAUUGAGAUAGAUGCUUUUGUCUUGUACAAAUGAAUGUACGGCUAUGCUAAUAAAAUCUGAAAAUUGAAACUUC